CUGCCCCCCAGCCCCCCCAGGCUCCAGCUCGUCCCAUAUCGCCCGUUUCUCCUCCAUGGCCGUUCUGCGCGUGCUUCGUGUCCAGUAGCGCAGCGGUUGAUGAGCGAGCCGGAUGCGCGCUCGCUCCAACGCACCGCCACAGGACGAAAGAUGGCGUCGGAGGGAGCCCGCGGAGAGCAGCCUCCUCCGGUGCAGACGCUGGUAGCCGCCGCGCCGGGAGGCGUCGACACGAAAUGUGAGUUCAAUAUGGAUAAUCUGAGCAAGCCGGAGCUGCUCACCUUGCUCAGUAUCAUGGAGGGUGAGCUGGAGGCCCGGGACCUGGUUAUUGAAGCGCUGAGCCUGGAGAUGGAGAAGAUGCAGCUCCAGAGCCUCGAGCAGGAGCACCGCAAGCUCACAGCGCAGCUAAAGGACGAGCGCGAGAAGAACAAGCACAUCGUCAUGAUGCUGGUGCGCGAGUGCAAGCAGCUCGCCACGCGGGUGGUGGAAGAGUCGCAGCGCUUCGAUGAGCUCCAGGCUCGUCUCGACGAGGAGAGCUCCACCUCCGGCCGGCUGCAGGAGGAGCUGAGCACCGAGCGGCAGCGCAGCCAGCAGAUGGAGGCCAAGAUGGAGAAGCAGCUGUCGGAGUUCGACACGGAGCGCGAGCAGCUGCGUGCCAGGCUGGGCCGAGAGGAGACCGAGGGUCAUAGCCUGCGGCAGCAGUUGGAGCAGCUCAGGACUGAACGGAGCGAGGAGAAGGACGGUGGCAACGUCGCUCCACCUGCUGCUCCCGAAGGGGAACCUGCCGUUGCCCACAGUGCACCACCCGAGCCCAAAGCUUUCACAUCUGUUUCUGUUGCCACAGAGCCCAUAAGCUCUCGAACAGCCUCUUGCCAAACGGACCUGCCCCCUACUGAGGUUGAGGGUUCUAAGAAGACCCCCCUCACUAUACCGGUCAAACCGACCCCUGCCAACUAUGUGGGCCUUAGCUUGCCCAAAACAUCCGCAAGAGGGAUUGUCCACAGCAGCUCAGGAGGUCUGGUACAAACAGAAAAUGGCUCAGAGGGCCAGGCUCCCCAUGUCCUACCUACGGGGGUCAGUCCCCGUGUCCAGGCGGCCCGCUACAAGUUUCAGGAACAGGACCAAAACGGCACAGCGUCCCAGAGUCCUCCAGCCCGUGACCUCUCCCCAACUAACCGUGACAACUUUGCAGCCAAGCAGCAAGCACGUCAUACCGUCACGCAGGUCCUGUCUCGCUUCACCAGCCCCCCUGCAGGAGGUCCUGGACUCCUCCGUCCAAGCCUGCCCCACUCCGCCUCAGAGGGGGGGCCUUUUCCUGGCCGCCUGAGCCACCCUAUUGGCCUUAAGUCGCCCACAGUGGCCAGGAUCGACCGGGGAAACCCUCCCCCCAUACCUCCCAAAAAGCCAGGGCUUUCCCAGACCCCUUCUCCUCCCCACCCACCCAUCAAACUGGUGGGGGACAGCAGCCGCUCCCCUGGGGCCGGGCUAAAGCCAGCAACACCCCAGCUUCCGCCCAAACCUGCCCUGGACCUGGUCCCAGCCCUGGCAGCCUCUCAGGUGGGUGUCGGCCCCCCAUCCUUAUCGCCGGGGUCCAGCCGCGGCCCUCAGCAGCAGUCGGCAGCAGCAUGUGCAGAGUGCCCCCCAGCCGUCAGCCUUGCCAUCACUGUCAGUAGCCCCUCCUUCAUAAACCCCCCCUCCAUCUCCUCCUUCGUUAGUGCUCCAUUGUCCCGUAGCCCCCUGGCAGCAGCAUCAGGCUGGUGUCCCUCCAUAGUCUCCCCUCUAAGCGGCAGUGGGCCUGCUGCCCUGGACAGUAGGCAACAUCUGCUCCUCCAAGCUGCUUCCCAGGGAAAUGUCACUUUAUUGUCAAUGCUGCUUAACCAACCAGACUUGAGCACCUCCACCACCUCCACCUCACCGCCCCCCAUCAUCACCUCCACCAGUUCUGUGGAGGACAAGCCCGUUCUUCUCGACCCAGACUACCACCUCAUCCACAUCCAAACCUCUGCCUUGUUUGCUGCUGCUCAGAAAGGACAAACAGAGUGUGUGAAGCUGUUGCUGUCUUCAGGAUUACCUGCCGAUGCCUCGGAUGACAACGGAUUCACGUCGUUACAUUUAGCUGCCGCCCAUGGCCACAGCAGGUGCUGUGUGGAGUGUCUACUGGCUGCAGGAGCUGCUGUGGACAUGGUGGCGGCGGGGGGACAGACCCCUCUCUUUCUGUCUUGUGAGACAGGAAGGCUGGACUGCACCCGGACCCUGCUGAACGCCGGAGCUGAUCGCUCGCUCACCUCCACGGAUGGCUGCACGGCGCUGCAUGCUGCCGUCCGUUCAGGACAUGUGGACAUGCUCCGUCUUCUCCUCUGCCACCCAACUUGUGAGGAUGGUCCUUAUGCACCCACCACACUGGCAUUGCCUGCUGUGCUGCUGAAUCAGACAAACACUGAUGGCUGGACCCCUGCACACAUGGCUGCUGCCCUUGGCUUCAAGGAGUGUCUGGAGGUGCUGUGCAGCCACAGUGAACAGGACAUCGAGAGGAGGGACAAGUGCAAUCGCACUAUUCAUGAUGUGGCAACUGAUGACUGCAAAGAGCUGCUGGAAAACCUCGAGUCGUACCGGGUCGUGGUGCGUCUGCAGUGUUCAGAUGGAGGACCAGGCCCCGUGGGUCCUGUUGAAGCCUUUGAGGAGAAGGAGGGCCCUUCCUGUCUUCACAUGGUGCUGGGCAGAACAAUGGUGGACAGAUCGACGUCUUGGACCCAGCUGAGCGCCGCCCUCAGCCACCUGUUCUCCUCCCACCUUCAGAUCCUGUGUGGAGCGUCUCCGACAGCCAGAGAGGAGGCGCAGCGUUCACUGCUGGGCCUCAGCUCCGCUAGUUUCGCCUCCUUCUCCAUCGGAGACACUGUGUGGUUGCCCGGUCAGGAGCUGCCUUCUUCUCCCUGGGACCUGGUCAGAAAGCCCGUCAGUCAGUGCGUUACCGUCCGCCUCAAAGGUCUGCUUGAGUCGUGUCUUGAUGAGUUUGCUCUGGAGUCCCUCUUCCCCCUGCCACUGCUGCACAACUGUGCACGCCUGGUGGAGCAGUACGGCAGCCUCAUCCUUCACGGCCUGGAGGGCAGCUGCCUGGACUACACCGCCAGUCUGGUGGCUCGCUACAUCCAGGCGAAGCAGGAGGCGAGGGGCGUCGGCUGUGACGUGGUGAGGGUGGAGGUGGGACCGGGCCUGAACAAAGAGCUGCUGCUGGACACGUUCAUCAGCUGCGGCUUCCUGGUGUCGGCCCCGGGGUCGAGGCUGGGGUUGACCGGCGCCCACACCGGUCGCUGUGUGGUGAUGCUGCUGGAGGGACUGGAGAAGGCUUCGUCCCUAACAGGCCUGCUGGGAGACCUCUGCCACAGUCUGGACAACAGGGGCCCUGCCUCCCCUCUGGUCCUGAGCACAGGUUCACACCACUUCCUGGAGAACAACUUCUUGAUCGGCACGCUGUCGAAGCCCCGCCUUCAGGGCUCCGAGCUCCGCCUUCAGCAGCAUUUCCGCUGGGUGACUCUCCGCUGGGACCAAGAGCCGCUGCAUGGCCUGCUGGGACGGCACCUCCACAGCAAGCUGCUUCAGAAGAUGGGGACUGGACUGUGGUCACCUGACGGGUUCCUGGAGCGCUCGGUGUUGUGGGUGAGCCAGGUGUGGCAGCAGCUCAACGCCUGUCUGACCCGUCUGGGGACCCACGAGGCUUUGCUGGGCCCACAGCUCUUCCUGUCCUGCCCUGUGGUCCCCAACAACACACAGGCUAUAGUCAGGUGGCUGGCCCGACUCUGGAACACUGCAGUCGUCCCCCGUGUGGAAGAGGCAGUUAUCUCCCAGCAACUGUCUCCUAGCAGCCGUGGUCUAAGUGCCGGACAGCAGGCUGUGGUGAAAGCCGCCCUCAGCAUCCUGGUCAACAAGGCUGUUCUCCCGGGCUGCCCCCUCCCUCGACACGAAAUGGACAGGCACCUGCUGGAGUUCCAGGGAAGUUCUUUCCCUCUGUCGGCCCUCGGGUCCUACACAGGAAGUGGCAGCAGGGGAGGGAGGAGGGCGCGGGACAGCGGGAAGCUGAGACGGUCCAACACCAGCCCUCGAAAGAAAGGAAGCGUGUCCCUGACGUGGAGCUGCAGCGGUUCCUUCAGAGAGGGUUCCCUGUCCAGCUCAGACAUCAGCAUCAGUCCCAUCAGACGCAGGGAGCCUGCAGGUCUGCCGGUCUUCUCUGACGAUGAGACAGAUCUGAUCAGGGAGCUGCAGACCAUGUGCUCCAGCAGGUCUGAGCCGGACAUCAGUAAGAUCUCUCAGACCAGAGAUCUUGUGAUGGGCUUCUCCAGGGACCCGGUGCCUCCAAAUGAAGCCGAGCGAGGACCCACAGUCCAGCAGCUGCAGACGGCGCCCGUCGCCUCCGCUCAGAGCUCCGAGCGGCGUCCCGGCCCUCGCGGCAGGUCUCAGCUCCCUGUCCCCAGCAGCAGGGGGCAGCAGGCGCGAGCCCCCGCCACGUGCAGCAACAACAACCACUGUCCGAUGCAGACGGCCCCCCCCAGCAGGGGAACGAAGCAGGUUUCUCCAAGCAGCAACAACAACUACAGGAAUAACAUGAACGACAGCAACCAGUCCCAGCAGGACAUCUGGAUCCUCCACAGAGACCUGCAUGAGAGCAGCAACAACCAGUAGACCCCCCCCAUACACCCCCUCCAUGAUGUAAAGACAUGACGACCUUUGAUUUGUAUGAUCUGUUCCACCACAGCUGUGUUCUGGGGACCAUCGUUUGAGUAACGUGACGGCUCUGAGGCGAGGAGCUUUUCUUACCGCCGCCUGGGCUCAGCCACGCAACACGUUACCGUCAUGUGAAGUAUUAACUGCCUCAAACACUCCCGGCACGUCUUGACGUGUACCUAAAGUGAAAAAGUGAACGUGUAUUUCUCUCCUAGAAACGAGGCCACUAAGAGUGGGAAGAAACAAUCAGGCUUUGUUCUUUUCUUGUUUUUGCUAUUAAGUAUUUUGAGAUAUUCUCGUGUUUUAUCUGCGGUUGGGUUGGUUUAAAACUGUUCAAACAAAUCAGGGUUUUACCAAAUAUAUCUGUAAAUAAGAGUUAGUAGUUUAAAUGCUCUAUAGAUUGGUGUACGUGGUCCGACGCUUGUACAGUGAUUCAAUAUUCAGCUACUUCAUGUGGAGCAGGAAACUUGUACAUAAAUGUUUGUAGUUGGGUUCUGAAGCCUCCACUUGUUUCAGAGUGAAGGGCGUGGCAAUAAGUCAUUGAUCUGUCCACUGUAAGCCAUAAUCAAUACUUUGACCGUCCUUCGGCGUGGCCCCGCCCACACAGCCGACGGUUUGACUCACUGUUUUUAGCUUCUGUUCAUUAGACCACCUUCGUUUGGAUCUGUAGGAGCUGAAGGUGACAAAUGUCCGAGCACAGAAAAUAAAACGUCAUAAAAAUCUCCUGUAACUUGUUUUUGUGAG